AUGUCACGUGACAAUGACGUCACUGACAACUUCACCCCAGCCGUCGAAGCUGUCGUAAGGGACCCAAACACCAUUCCAGACGGCAUCUUAGAGCCGGAGGGCGGGGAGCCAGACUUCGCCACCCUGACAGUCGACGACUGGCGGAGGUUACAGCAGCAAGACCCUCACAUAGCCGCUGUCUGCCAAGCGCUCAAAGAAGGAACCGACCUGACAGUGACGGGGCCAGAGACCAGGAUAUACGCCAGGGAGAGGAAGAGCCUGAUGCUAGAACAUGGUGUGCUCUACCGGCGUGUGUCUGACGCCACAUCAACCCGGGUGCAGCUGGUGGUACCCCGCUCCAUGCGACAGGAGGCGAUGAGAGGUGUGCACGACGAGCUCUACCACACCCACUUUGACGAUGCCAUACGACACGCACGAAUGCGUUUUUUCUGGCCGUUCAUGGCGGCUGAUCUCAAGAGGAAAAUCCAGAGCUGCGAACACAGGACGCACGCGCAGAAAGCGCCCAUGUCAACCAUUGUGACAUCACACCCACUGGAACUGCUGACCAUAGAUUUUCUCACCAUCGAGGUCAAAGGUGAAAAGCAGAACAUACUGGUCAUUAUGGACCAUUUUACGAAGUUCGUGCAAACAAUACUGACGAGAGAUCAAACAGCACGAACGACAGCCAGGGCUCUGUGGAACGACUUCUUCAUGACUUAUGGAUUCCCCGGCAGAAUUCUGUCUGAUCAAGGUCGGGAUUUUGAGUCAAAACUCAUCCAAGAACUGUGCAGCCUGGCCGGAAUCCAGAAAUGCAGGACCACGCCCUAA